AAAUCCCAAACCUAAAACCCUAAUCCCCUUCUCCCUCUUCCCACUCUCCUCCUUCUCUCUCGCCGGAAACGUAAACAUGCCGAAGAGAAGCAAAAAGAGCAAGAGUAAGAGGACUUCCUUGAAGAAGAAGUACAAGAUUAUACGGAAAGUGAAGGAGCACCACAAGAAGAAAGCUAAAGAUGCUAAGAAAUUAGGUCUGAGUAAGAGACCCAAAGUAGAGAAGGAUCCAGGAAUCCCAAAUGACUGGCCUUUCAAGGAGCAGGAGCUCAAAGCCCUAGAAGUUCGCCGCGAACGCGCUCUCCAAGCGAUUGAGGAGAAGAAAGAGGCUCGUAGGGAGAGGCGAGCGAAGAGGAAAUUGGGCCUGCUCGAUGAUGAAGAUGCCGAAGAACCUAGUGCUGUCACUGAAAUUGUUAAGAAAACUGAAAGCCCAGAGAAGACUUUCUACAAGGAGUUGGUCAAAGUCAUUGAUGCUUCUGAUGUCAUAUUGGAAGUUCUUGAUGCUCGAGAUCCCAUCGGUACACGCUGUGUCGACAUGGAAAAGAUGGUGAUGAGUUCAGGGCCUGAUAAGCAUCUUGUUUUACUCCUCAAUAAAAUUGAUCUUGUCCCUCGUGAGUCUGUUGAAAAGUGGCUCAAGUAUCUUAGAGAGGAAUUACCAGCAGUUGCAUUUAAAUGCAGCACACAAGAACAAAAAGCGAACCUUGGGUGGAAACGUGCUCCAAAGGGUAACAAGUCCUUGAAUUCACAAAGUCUUCUGCAAACAAGUGACUGUCUAGGAGCUGAAACUCUGAUAAAAUUGCUGAAAAACUACUCAAGAAGCUAUGAGAUAAAAAAAUCCAUCACUGUGGGGAUUAUCGGACUGCCUAAUGUUGGCAAAAGUAGUCUAAUCAAUAGUUUGAAAAGAUCCCAUGUUGUCAAUGUUGGUGCUACUCCUGGUUUGACGAGAUCUAUGCAAGAGGUUCAUCUGGAUAGUAACGUCAAAUUACUAGACUGCCCGGGGGUUGUGAUGCUUAAAUCUACAGAAAACGAUGCGUCCAUUGCUCUUAGAAAUUGCAAACGAAUUGAAAAAUUGGCCGAUCCGAUUGGUCCUGUUGCGGAAAUUCUGAAGCUUUGUCCGGAGAGAGUACUGGUCACGUUAUACAAGGUCCCAAGUUUUGAUUCUGUUGAUGACUUCCUUCAGAAGGUUGGUACUGUGAGGGGAAAGCUCAAGAAGGGUGGCAUUGUAGAUGUUGACACUGCUGCAAGGAUUGUUUUGCGUGACUGGAAUGAAGGUAAAAUUCCAUAUUAUACCAUGCCUCCCCAGAGGAAUGUAGAGGAACCUUCCGAGGCAAAGAUUGUCCCUGAACUUGCAAAGAAGUUCAAUGUAGAUGAAGUUUAUGACGGAGAAUCAUCAUUUAUAGGAAGCUUGAAAUCUGCUAACGAUUUCAACCCUGUUGAAGUCCCUUCAAAUUGUCCCGUAAAUUUUGACCUGACGAUGCUCGAGGAUGAUGCACCAUUAGAGGAAGCCCCAACGGAGGGCGACCAGUCCAUGGAAAAUGCAGAAGAAAAUGCAGUAGCGAAGGAGAAAUCUGGCAUUAGCAAGCAAAACGAGAAGCUAUAUGCAGAGGAAGGCAUGCUAAAUUCCAAGGUGAAAAAAGCGGAGAAGAAAAGACGGAAAAAGGAAGUUCAGACGCCGGCAAAGGAAGGUGAUGGGAAUGAUGAUUAUGACUUUAAGGUUGAUUACGUUAAGAAAUCGUCAGCCAUGGACACUGACGAGGUUGGUGGAGAAAAUGAGAACAAAGUUGAGCUGCCUUCUGUUGUAGACAUGGACAAGGAAUAAACGAAAAAAAGUUUGAAAAGAAGAAAUAGACCGUUUAAUUUUAUGAACGAAUUUUUGUGGGAUUUAAAAAAUUUUGCUCCUGUAUUAUUCAUCAACUUUAUGUACUCUUUUUUUCUUAAUAUCAAAGCAAUUAUUAU